AUGGAUUCCCGUGGAGACUUCAUUCUGCUUGGCUGUUGCUUAGCCCUUAUUCUCACAGUCAGUGCAAUUACUGAAUUCCCCAGAACAUCUGGUAACUCGGAGUGGUGGCUUCAUCUAACCAAUAACGAGAUUAACUUAAACAAGAAUAACAUCGCCCCACCUUCAUCUCACCCGGACAUCCAAGAGGUAAAUCCAGCAGACAUCCAACAAAUUCAUGAGCUCUGGACAGAACUUCAGCAAGGUCCUGGGAUAUCGGUGAUUGAAUCUCAGAUGGGCUAUCCACUUGUACAUCAAGGAAUCCAAACCUUUGAUGGUGGCUCACAAAUGGGACAGAUUACCAGUUAUAAUCCAAUUGACAAUCCAGAGGCUUGGGAAAGUUUUCAAAACAUCAUCACUUCGAGUACAAAUCACAACCAAUUUGCAUCUAAUUCUCAUGGACAGCAUGUGGAGUCUGAUAAUUUUGACUCUAGUUGCCCUAGAAAUGUUGAACAGCUAUUUAGUCAGGGGAAGCAAGUGGCACAAUUCCUACCAAGAUACUCAACCUCAGAAACAGUACAUCCAGAAGCCCUUCAAAACUCUGAAAAAUUAGUACAUCCAGAAUCCUUUCAAAACUCAGAAAACUUCUUAUUUCCUCCUUCCCAAACAGGUGUAGGCUAUUCAGAGCAAUUUCCUAGCUAUUCUACAUUACCAAUGUCUGAUUGGAAAGAGCUUGGAAACAAAAGUGUUGAAAUGAGGGAUGAUAGAGCUUUCCCAAUCAACAAUAUUUCCCUUAAUGAUAUCCCUCAAGCCUUUGCAAACCCAAUUUCAAAUGCCCCCUCCUCCCCAGAAAAAGCAUAG